UUCGCAUUUAAACAAACACGGUCCUGCCGAAGAUGGCGGAGAGUUUGUAGAGGCGUAAAAGAAACUGCUCUAUUCAAUAAAAGCGUCGAAGCCGGAGAUGUUAAGACAUUGAAACGGCACUAGACCCUGAAUGGAGCUUGACUGGGGCUUGUACUGGUCAAGGGGCUGAUAUGCGCUGAAGAUGAGUGGCGUAGGAGACAACUCGUUGGAGCCGCUGUGCUCCGACCGCAAACGUAAACUGUCCACCUGUGACACACCAGGUUUGGGGUGUGACAAGCGUCGGAGGGAACAGGAAAGCAAGUACAUCGAGGAGCUAGCUGAACUCAUCUCUGCCAACCUCUCCAACAUUGACAGCUUCAACGUCAAGCCUGACAAAUGUGCCAUCCUCAAGGAGACCGUGAGACAGAUCAGACAAAUCAAAGAGCAAGGUAAGAGGUCAUGCAGUGAUGACGAUGUCCAGAAGGCGGAUGUAUCUUCCACUGGUCAAGGGGUCAUUGACAAGGACCAUCUGGGACCGCUGCUCCUACAGGCCUUGGAUGGCUUUCUGUUUGUGGUUAACCGAGAGGGCAGCAUUGUAUUUGUGUCGGACAACGUGACGCAGUACCUGCAGUACAAGCAGGAGGAGCUAAUCAACACGAGUGUGUACAACAUAAUCCAUGACGAUGACAGGGAGGAGUUUCACAAGAACCUACCUAAGUCUAAUGCACUAAAUGGGGCAUCGUGGGGUGGAGAGGCACCCCGGCAGAAGAGCCACACCUUCAACUGCCGCAUGCUGGUGAACUUUGUUCACGGUCAGAGUCACGGGUUGUCAGAAGAGAGGCCUGGGGGCCAUCGCUAUGAGACCAUGCAGUGUUUUGCCCUCACUCAGCCCCGGGCCAUGAUGGAGGAGGGAGAAGAUUUGCAGUCAUGUAUGAUCUGUGUGGCACGACGCAUCAUUGCAGUAGAGAGGACUGAGAGGUUUAGCACACGCCAUGAACUGUCAGGUAAACUGAUUGAAAUUGAACAGCAGGCCUCUCUUCACACCACUAUGCGUCCAGGCUGGGAGGACCUGGUGAGGCGCUGCAUGCAGAUGUUCCUCCAUCGAAGUGAGGGACAACCUUGGUCCUACAAACGGCACUAUCAAGAUGCUUUCCAUAAUGGCCAUGCGGAGACCCCACUCUACCGCUUCUCACUCGCUGAUGGCACCCCAGUCACAGCCCAGACCAGGAGUGACCUCUGCAGGAAUCCCAACACCAAUGAGCCACACUCUUUCCUCUCCACACACUUGCUACAAAGGGAGCAAAAUAGUUAUCGUGGAAACCAGGGUGGAGGUAUGAGGCCUCAACACAUGGGUGUGAACAACCCCAACCAACAGAUGAACAUGGGCCCAGGAGGGAGCAUGGGCAUGAACAGGGGCUACGGCAUGGCUGAACAGGGCAACAUGCCACAAAGGGGAGUGCCUCCAUACACUGGGGGCAACCGCAUAAAUCCCAUGCAUCAGAUGAAUCCCAUGCAUCAGAUGAAUCCCAUGCAUCAGAUGAACAACAUGGGGCAAAUUAAUCCAGUGAAUCAAAUGAAUUCCAUGCAUCCAAUGAACUCCUCCAUGAACCAAAUGGGUCCCAUGAAUCAGAUGGGCCACCAUGGCAUGCAUCAGCAUCAGCACCAACAUCAGCAGAUGAGUCAGUUCCAUGGAGGUGGACCUGGAGGUGGAGGAUAUGGGAUGGGAAUGACCAGUCCCCCCCAGGCCAGUCCAGGGAUUAAUGGCCCCCCACACAACGUCAUGGGUUCACCCAGAGUCAGAGGAAGCCCCAAGAUGGGUGCGAGUCCUUUCUCUCCCGGAGGUAUGAUCUCUCCCAUAAGCUCCAGUCACCCUGGUAACUCUGGAGGCGGAGGAGGAGGGACUACCUUCUCCAGCAGCUCCUUGAAUGCCCUCCAAGCCAUUAGUGAGGGAGUGGGUAAUCCGAUGCCAUCCCCCCUCACCUCUCCUCACCCUCACAAGCCUGACAGCUCCCCGAGCAUCAAUUCCACAAACCAGGCAGCAGGGGGACCCUGUAAACUAAGCCUCCCAGCCUACUCUGACUCUAAGAGCCCAGGGAGCUCACUGGGGGCUGGAGGAGAGCAGCAGUCUCAGCAGCAUCCACACACCCCCACCAGCGAGGGCCCUCCUGACAAGCCAGACAGCCAGGCCGGCAGAGAGGCGGGUCCAGCCGGGGGAGAAUCCAGCCGACGGGUCCCUGACACCAAGUGCCACAAGAAGCUUCUGCAGCUCCUCACCUCCCCUACAGAUGAGCUGGUGCCACCUAGUCAAACACCUAGCUCUGGGCCCAGCUCCACACCUGAGGCUAAAGACGGAACAGCCGGCGUCACCAGCCCCUCCUCAACAGGAGUGUCCUCCUCCACGGGCGGGAAUCACAGCGCUGUGUCCUCUUCAGGCGGCGCAGGACAUUUAACAAGUCAGUCGCUGCAGGAGAAGCACAAGAUCCUCCACAAGCUUCUGCAGAAUGGGCACACACCCGACGAGGUGGCUCGCAUCACAGCCGAGGCCACUGGGAAGAGCAGCCUGGAUUCGGGGGCAUCGGAGCCUGAACCUGCAGCCGCUGGAGGGGUUAGGGGAUCAGAAUCAAAGCAGGAGCAGCACAGCCCUAAGAAGGAGAAACCCCAUGCCCUCCUUCACUACCUCCUCAAUAAGGAUGACUCUAAAGAAUGUGGUGAUAUCAAGCCAAAACUCGAGGAGCUUGAGGGGAGAGGAGCUCAUGGGACAGGGGUCACCAGCUCUGACCCCCACUGCAUGGAUGGGAAGGUCAAGUUGGAGCCAUCUGAUGAGGCGGAGACCCUGGAGACCAUUCUGGGUGUCCCAAGGAACAACUCUGGCUUCUACCCUGAACCAGAAACCAGAGCAGGGAAGGAAGUGGGAAACAAACUGGGAAAUAUGCCUGAUAGUUUACAUGAUGGGGAGAGAGGUCCCAUGCCUUCAGCUCAGCGUAGUGCCUAUCAAAGAGCCUUGUCCAUGGAUGCCAAGCCCAUGGGUGGAGAGGGAACAGUAGGAGGCGGGCUAGCCGGGAGACGGAACGUGCCAUGUCCCACAUUGGUCAAACAGGAGAAGAUAGAUGCUCCGAUUCGACCUGGGCCCAUUCCCAAUGGUUUUCCAGGAGGCAUGGGUGUGUGUCCACCGCGGGGCAAUCCAACAAGAGGUAUGGGCAGAGGAAUGGGAAUGCCUCAGCGGCCUCCCAUUUCAGGUGACUGGGGGAUGGCGAGGUCCAGCAGCAGCCCUGUGACCGGACCAGGACACCCUGGCAUGGGUCGCUCUGGUCCAAUGGGAGGACCCAUGAUCAACCGGUCCAACAGUGUACCUGGAAAAACCAGGUCUAUGCUGCAGCAGCAACUCAUGGAUAUGGGCACCAAUGAAGCCAAUAUGGGUAUGAGCCCAUUUGGUGGACAUGGGCCCCCUCCUCGGUCCCCCUCCUGGCCAGACUCUGCUAUGGGACUGGAAAGACCACAGAAUAACACAAACCGGGAGCAGUUUGGGCACCCCCUGGAGCAGCUGCUGGGGCCCCUGGCCAACAGCGAGGGCCCGAGUGAUGAACGGGCACUUCUUGACCAGUUGGACUCUCUGCUCAAUACCACUGAUGUCAUUGCUCUGCAGGAGAUAGACCGAGCCCUAGGCAUCCCUGAAAUAGUAGGCCAGACCCACGGACCUGAAGGCCACCAGCAGGGCCAGAAUCGAGGCCAGGGUCGGUGCCCGCCGUCAGAGCCUUUCCCAGGGCCAGCCUCCUCCUUAGGCAUGGACCAAAAACCCAUGUAUAACCAAGGCUACGCUGGGCCCCCAGGGCCCUCCUCUAUGGGCAUGCAGUCUGGUUAUGGUGGCAAUACAAUGCAAGGCCAGUCUCCUGGAGGCUUCAACCCCAUGAUGAAUCAAGUGGGCCAGACAGGGAGCUUCCCUGGCAUGGCGGGUAUGGGCAACCCCCGUGCAAACAUGAUGCGACCUCGCAUGAUGACUGCCCCCAAGCCUCUCCGACUGCAGCUGCAGCAGAGACUGCAAGGACAGCAGUUUAUGAACCAGACCCGACAGGGCAUGAAGAUGGAGCAUGCCCCUGGAGGAACCCCUCCCAUGCAUUCAGGCAUGCAGCCUGGUAUGCAGCCUGGCAUCCAGCCAGCCAUGCAGCCUGGCAUGCAACCUGGCAUGCAGCCUGGCAUCCAGCCUGGCAUCCAGCCUGGCAUGCAACCUGGCAUCCAGCCUGGCAUGCAACCUGGCAUCCAGCCUGGCAUGCAACCUGGCAUCCAGCCUGGCAUGCAACCUGGCAUCCAGCCUGGCAUGCAACCUGGCAUCCAGCCUGGCAUGCAACCUGCAAGCAUGGGUAGUCAGCCUGGUUUCCUGAACGCCCAGAUGAUGGCCCAGCGCAGCAGGGAGAUGAUGACCUUGCAGAUUAGGAGGCAGCGGAUGCUGUUGCUGAUGCAGCAACAGCAGCAGGGGCAGGGGGCAGCAAGAGGCUUCAGCCCUCCUCCAAAUGUCACAGCACCAGGAGGCAUGGACAGCCCCAUCGGAGCCUCCCCUAUGAACCAGCCUGGACAGCAGGGCUUUAACUAUGGAGGUAACUAUGGGAUAAACCAGCAGGGGGACCCAUCAUUCAUGAGUCCAGGUAGCAGCCCACCAGCAAACAUGAUGCAAGGACGAAUGGGAGGUCCUCCUCAGAACACCAUGAUGCCAGGGAUGCAGGGCAAUCCACAGGGAGGGCCCAUGUACCAGUCUGGAGACAUGAAAGGCUGGCCACAGGCUGGCAUGUCACGCAGCAACACAUACCCCCAGCAACAGUUUCCCCAGCAGGGCAACCAGAGCCAGUUUGGACCCAUGAUGAUGAACACCUCAAUGGGUGGACCUGGGCCAGUCAGUGGGGCCAGUACAGGACAGAUGGGCCAAAUACCAGGACAGAGGCAGGGCCAGAUGCAGGGCCAAAUAGGCAUGAACCCCAUGGGAAUGGGCAGAAUGCCAAUGGGACCUGAUCAGAAGUAUUGCUGAGGACCUGUGGUUGAUAGCAGAAUCUGGAGCCUUUCAGCUGUGGCAGAGCGAUCUGAGCCCCGAGAGCUGGACCUACACAAAAACACACACAAACACACACAUAGUAGAAGUUCUCCAGCAUAAAACAUGAUGCAGUAGACUUGGCACAACACACUGCUACUCCUGGAGGAAGUGGGCUACAAGGACAAACAUUGGGCUUCAUCCCCAACUGAAGCCUCACAUCCUGUAACCCUGUUAAAGUGAUGCACAAACACAAAAUAUCAGUGCAUGUGGGUGAGCUAAUGUUUGUGUGUGUUGACGUGAACGACCUGGAGCUGUCGGGCAGUAUUCAGGGUCAGAGCCAUGCAGCCAGAACAAGACUAUGGUACAACUAGCUGUGGCUGCACUUUACCUGGAAGCUUCUGUGUAACAAAGAUUGAUGCAAUAUUUUUUCAUCAUUACAGCCUUACUAGAGAUUUAAUGCCUUCACAACCAAGGGUUUCUUUUUUUUCUUCUUAUCCUUUGGAUGCGCCUCAUUCUUGAAGUCAUCGGAAGCUAUAAGCACAGUUAACUGUUAUGCAGAUUGGAGCAAUAACUCUAUGCUUUAGACUGUAACUGAGCAUCAUAACACCUGUUAUAAGCAAACAAAUGGUACUGCAGUAUUAGAUGUCUCAAAUGUCCUCUGUGAAUAUGAAUUGUAAAUAUUCUACAAAAUAUAUCAAACUUUUUAAAGGCCCAUUAUUGCACAAAGUAUGAGACCUGGUUGUAUUUUUGUGUCCCAUAGGUCAAUUCUGAUUUGGUUAAUUUGCUUUUUUUUUUUUUUUUUACGCCCUUGCAAAUAUUGCAGGCGUGUUUGGGGUUUCUUCCCCUUGUUUGUCAUUUUCUGAAUGCUGUAUUUUUUAUUUUUUUCCGAAAAGUCAUGUAUUCCAUGUUUUAGCAAAGCACUUUUACUUGUGAUGAGUAUCUGAUGAGUUGAAGGUUUGAGCUUUCACACUGUCAGAGGUUUUAUUGGAAGGUGGGGGGGGGUGAAUUCUGUCAGGACAGUCGAUUACAUGAAACGAUGUGAUUUUGUUGGGUUCUGUGUGAGGUGAGCUGUAUAGAUUUUGUCUGCAGUACAAUGAAGACCUGAAACACGCACUCCUCCAUGUACCAACAAGCCUGGUUCUUGCGAUGUUCUCCCCCCUCCCACCAGCUCUGUCUGUCAAGUGUAUUUUUAUUCACACCAUCUUCUUUUGACUGUUAUUCUCAACUUGCUCAAUCUACCUUUUUAACAUGCGCAAUCCAAAGAUAUUUUUCCACAUCUCUGUAUAGUUUCUGAAAUUUCUGGUGUAAAUUUUUUUUUAUGAUAUGCGUUAUAUUAGUCUGAUAGUAAAUGGGUACACAUCAUGGAUCUGUAAAAGCAAUUGAUGGUUUUGUACUGUAAGCAUAAGGAGCAUGGAGCUAAGUUGUUCCUUUGUGGCGGGGGCCGGGGGCGGGGGGGCUGGCUGGCUAUCGGUGCAGUGCGAAGAGGACUGGAAACUCUCAACCCCACAGCAGAAAGUUUUUACAUCCAGAAAAAAAAAGCAUGUUUUGCUGUGAAAGAGAAAUACCAAUGGAAUGAAAUCCACUUCAAGACAUAUCAAUAUCUCUUCUAUCUUUCAGGAAACAACUUCAUUUUAUGUCCAGAUUUUGUUACUUCAGGAAAAAAAAGAACUUUGUAGAGUUUGAAUGAAGUGCAAAAAAAGAAGCAAGAGAUCAUUUGGUUUUUUUGUUCUUUAUUUGGAGGUAAGAUAAGCUGUCAUCUUACAGGAUGUAUAUUACAGAUUUUUUUUCUGUUGUUGAUAUUGAUGUAAAUACAAAUUUAUAUUUAAACAC